GAAAAAAAGGCUGAGUUAUUUUUUUGACAUUCUUUUUUUUUUCGUGUUUUUUAUUUUCAUUAAUAUAUAUGAAUCGAUUAGGUUUUGCAGAUUUUCACGCAAGGCAUUUCGGAGCUGCCCAGAGGGCUCAUUGGCAGUCAAUUUUAAAGCAACAAGAGUACGGGAGCCAGCAUCAGCAAUAUGACGGCUAUCAACAGCAAGGCUACGAUGAGAAUCAGCAGCAAACUUACGAAACAAGCCAACAAGAAGGCUACGACAGCUACCAACAGUACCAAUAUGACAGCUAUCAGCAGGAGUAUUAUGGGACUGAGCAACAAGAAGAGCAACCACCAUUGGACAGUAAUGAACCAUUUGGACAAGUAAGGGAGUACGACCAUUAUGAAGAAGAAGAAGAAGAAUUGUCAAAAGAAGCGAUAGAGAUAUUUCGAUUUUCCGAAGCGUAUCGAUUAGAACGAGCACUAGAAAGACAAAAGGAGGAAGCGAAUAAUGACGAAGAAGGCAUGAAUGAUUGGCAGUAUGAUGAAUCAAACGUACUAGUGAGCGGAGGGUUAGAGGCACCUGCAACAAGUCUUGUUUUGACCAAUCAAAAACAAGAUCGAUCGACCAAGAUUAAGAUUCAAGAAGAUUUAUUAAAUUCGGCCUAUUUACAAUCAUGUAUGAAUGGUGAUGCACCAGUGCUUUGGCCUGUGCUUCCCUUGAAGAUGUAACUAGAAGAAAAAAAAAAAUUGAUUUCAAAUCCCCGACUUUUGUUAUUUAUACCCGCUUUUUCUUUUAAUGACUCUUUUUCUCUUUUCUACC